AUGAGGUGCCGAGGCGCCGUUACCCUGUCUCUGCUGGCGGGAUUCCUCGUCGGAGUGAUGGCCGGCGACUUCAUCGAGGAGAUGCGACGGGAUUUCCAGAUGGGUUUGUUCGGGCGGCAAGCAGUAUCUGAUAUACAGCAAUUUAACCCGAGUAGUCCUCUGGGAGGCCAAACUCCAGCAAAGAUCGAGUUCGACCAGAGCGAUACGCAGAAGCCUUUCAAAAUCACCAACAGCCGCAUAUCAGAAGGCCAGACGUUUAACGACUUCAGCACCGCAUCAAACCGCGUCUGCGACGACCUGAAGAACGACUGCGCCGACACUGCCAAUCAGAAUAGCAACAAGAUCUUCAGCGUGUCAGACUGCGACAAACAGCGUGACGAUUGCAUAACGGCAAAUAAGCCUACCGAUGAGGAUAGCGACUUUCUUUACUUCUGCAACUAG